UCAAUGAAACCAGAGAGGUCACAGCCCUCAGAGUGAGGCCACAACAACGUGCUGCCCCAUCACGAUAAGAGAGCUGGGUCGGAUCUCCCAGCUUCACUUCUCUCCACGCCUGAGGUCCCCUCCUCCCGUCUGACUGCUGGAGGGCAGAUCACCACCCCCUGUCUGCACCCCUCCCUGCCCCCCUCCCUCUGUUAUCUGCAGCACUCAGCCCUUCAGAUGCACUGCACCCCGUCUGCACUCCUUGGCCCCCCCUUCGUACACAUCGGGGGGGAUAUCAGUCCUCCUCCUUCCUUCCACCCUUAUCAGAGCCGCUGUGCUGCUGAGGGAGGCGGAUGGGACGGCUGCAUCUGCCCCCAGCUCCACAGAGCUGCUUUGCUGCGGGGUUUGGCUGCGAUUCGGACCCUCUAAGAACGAUCCCUCGUUCACAGAUGCACUCCAUACUGGGCUGCAAUCACCCCACUUUCACCCUCCCCUGGAGGACCCUCCUGCCUUAUCUCAUGGCUCUGCACCUCCUGCAUCUGGGAUCAGCCCAGCUCAGGAUGGUGGCACCGAGCCUCCAUGUCACUGCCAUCGUGGGACAGGACGUCGUGCUGCGCUGCCACUUGUCCCCUUGCAAGGAUGCUGGGAGCUCGGACAUCAGAUGGAUCCAGCACCGGUCCUCUGGCCUUGUGCACCACUACCAAAAUGGAGUGGACCUAGAGCAGAUGGCGGAAUAUAAAGGGAGGACAGAACUGCUCAGGGAUGGUCUCUCUGAUGGAAACCUGGAUCUGCGCAUCACUGCUGUGAGAUCCUCUGAUAGUGGCUGGUACAGCUGUGCUGUGCAAGAUGGUCAUGGCUAUGCAGAAGCCAUGGUGGACCUGGAGGUGUCAGAUCCCUUUUCCCAGAACGUCCAUCGCUGGACGGUAGCUCUGGCUGUGGUCAUCACAAUUCUGGUUGGGUCAUUUGUCUUCAUUGUUUUUCUAUAUAGAAAGCAAGCGGCACAGAGCAGAGAGCUGAAGGCGAAAGAUGCAGCAUUGGGUAACUCUGCUCUUUCUUUUCUAGAGGAACUACCUGCAAUAUUGGGUUUAAGUGCAUCAAAUCUGAAGAUCCUAGCUUCAAAACUAGUGAAACAAACUGAAAAACUGGAGAUACGGAAUUCACUUAUGAAAAAACAGUAUGAAAAGACAAAGAAACUAGCUGCAGAACUGGAGAAACACUUAAUAAAUAUGGAUUUAAGUGCUGCAGAUCUGAAGAUACUACCUGCAAAACUGAAGAAACAAACUGACGAACUGGAUGAAUGGAAAUCAUCACUGAAGAUACAAUAUGUAAAGUUGGGUUCACGUGCUGCAAAUCUGAAGAAACAAGUUGCAGAACUGGGGGAACAAACUGAAAAAGUGGAGAAUCGGAAAUCAGAGCUGAGGAAAGAGUAUGAAAAGACGGCUUUACAUGCUUCAGAGCUGAAGAAACAAGUUGCAGAACUGGCAGAACAAGCUGAACAACUGGAGAUUCAGUAUUCACGGUUGAAGAUACACAAGAAAAACAGGAAGGAAUGGAAUGAAAUAUUGGGGAAUGCUGUAGGACAGGAACAAACUGAAGGAUUGGUGUUUGAAACUGAAGAAUCGGGUGAGUCUUCCCCAACCCAAAGCAACAUGGGGUUUCCCAUGGGAUGACAAGCUGUCCCACCUCAGCAUCCGUUCCUUUUUCUUUCUUUUCCAGAAGAAUCAUCUGAAGAAUCAGAUUGAGAGAUGAACUGCGCCUUGCAGUAACCACAGGAGUUAAGCUUCAUAGACUGCUGACUGCACAAGAGACCAAAACCACGAUAACUCCAAGCGAGAAAGGAAACCCACAUUGAAUCAAGUGGAGACAGAGUUCAUUCUGAGUGAGAGCACUGCAGUUCUGUGAGCCAAAGCUGCCUCAGCAACCACUGAACUCAGGAUGUGCGACCUCCAACUCAAAUCCAAUUGGAAGAAAUAAACCAUAGAAAGCAAGGAAGGAGACGGAGAUCCUGGAAAAGGGAUGGGCAUUUUGGGAAAUAAUAUGACCAUGUAUCAGGCUUUGUGGGCAUCAUAAUGAAUAUGUAACGCUUUUGGAAAUAGAAGCAUGCACACAGAAGCAAAGGUGGAAAAUGGCUUUGGGUGUUAACACUGCUCUUCUCUGCCACAAUAUAAUAAAGCAUACCUGCUGAUGGUAA